UCUCUCCCUUUUCCCCUUCAUCCUGGCUUGCAUGACACAGAAGUGAGGACCCAGCAGCUUCGGGUUCUGCAAAAGCCUGCCUGUCUGUCCUGCGGUCCCCAGACAACUGUCUCCCCAAAAUGGCCUGGAGACAUGUGCUUCUGUUCUCCUGUCUCUCAGCUCUUGUGGUUUUGUCUGUGCUGCAGGAGGGUGCUGGUGCGUCUGUACGCUCCAGACAGGUGGUAGGACAGGAGACCCAGAAAGGCGGGGAGCAGAAGAUCUUCAUGCAGGAAUCAGAUGCCUCAAAUUUCCUCAAGAGGCGCAGCAAGCGUUCCCCCAAGUCCCAAGAUGAGGUUAACGCGGAGAACAGGCAGAAGGCGAGGGCUGAUGAGCUACGGAGAGAAUAUUACGAGGAACAGAGGAAUGAAUACGAGAACUUUGUGGAGGAGCAAAAUGAUGAACAGGAAGAGAGAAGCCGGGAGGCCAUUGAACAGUGGCGCCAGUGGCAUUAUGAUGGCUUGUACCCCUCCUACCUCUAUAAUCGCCACCACAUCUGACCUCAUCCUGACAGAUCCAGAAGACGGAGCUUGAGACACACUCUACCCAGGUGUCCUUGUUGAUGUCACCCACACCAAGGUCUCCCAUGGACCUUUUGUGCUGAUGGAUUAAAAUGCCCUGUGGCUUUUGCUUCUGAGGGGAACACACACCUCUGUGGGAUCCAGCAUCAAACCCACAGCCAUCUCCCGUCUUUGCUAGCCAUGGCUCCCCAGGCAAAACUCCCAACUGAGAAAACAGUGACACAAAUCACCAUCAAGGACAACUUGUCUGCUUCUAGCUAACAAUAAACGUGCUACAUUAACCUGGG